AUGCCGAAUCAUUUCCCCAAGUUCGCUUAUACACAAAACCCGAACCUUCAUGUCGGGCAAGAGAUCUUUAUAAUCGAUGAAAACAAAUACGACAUUUAUCGGGCGGAAAUUCUCAACAUUCAGGACGGCACUUACACAAUCUUUUAUCCUGAUUACGAUAUGACAGAAACAAUCGACAGCAUCGACAGAAUUUUACUCAAAAACAACGUAAAUAAGAAAAUCUUUAAAGAGCAAGAGUUAAUCAGGAUGAAAAAAGAGGCAGAGAAUAAGGCUCAGCUUCGGUCCGAGUCGGAUGGCGAGUCUGAUGAAGAUGAAGAAAAGAAUCCUGAUAUCAAACCACCUAAGAUCCCAGAAAAAUUCAGAGAAAGAACACGUAUACAGCCACAUGAGACAGUUGAUAGAAAUCCUCUGCCUCCAGAGCCACCAAAACCUCCUGAAUGGGGGCAUCAGGCCGUCGAAGUGGCACCAAAUAUAACUAUUCCAAUAACUAUUAAUGCGGAUGACUCAAAAGUACUUUACGACCAGCCGAAAAACAUCGAAAUAUCUACAAGCAAAUCUUCGGAUUCAAACGAAGUUACAUUUUCGUUCAAAAUUACAUUCAAAAAAUAA